GGACAUAUACUUCCUCAUCAUUAACAUAUACAAUUUCCUUCAGGCUGUUUUGUUUGUUUUAAUGUUUUAUUAAAACAUUCGGAUGUACAAUUUCCAUUUGGAUGUUAGAUUUAUUCACAUCGUUGUUUACUUUGUUUGUGUCUGCAUUUAGAACGGAAUGACAGGAUGAGGGCGAACGGCGGAAAUAAAUAAUCAAGAAUUUCAUCCAGGCGUCGCUCAGUCUCCUUUGGGAGAAGAGACUACAAGACUAGGUCAUCAUGAGAAUCCGACGUAAAAACUGUCUCAGCAAAAUUGCCUUCGUAAUAGCCUCAACAGUACUAAUUUCCGUUUUACUUUGGGGAUCUGGAAAUAGGACAGAAAUUACUCAGGAAGUCGGUAGCGGACCGCUAAAUUUUGUGUUCCCUAAUCGAAUUGUAGACAGUUUGUUUAACAGAUCAAAUAUUCUAAGUUUUGAUGCUCAGAAGUGUCUUUCAAGUAUUAAUAAUAUUAAAAUAACAGCCAACUAUACUUUGAAUAGCGUCCUUGACAAAAUUAAAAUUAUUUUUCAAAAUGGCCACAUUGACGCAGUGGACCAAACUGUUGACCAUCUGCAAAACUUAAACAUACUUCAGCCAGUUACAAAACCAGGUACCGAACCGCUUGAAGUUAUUGUGAUUCCUCAUUCACACAAUGAUCCAGGCUGGAAAAAAACAUACAAAAAAUAUUUCGACGACGAAACUACGCAUAUCCUUACAAAUAUGGUUGACAAACUGUACCAGUAUCCGGAUAUGACGUUUAUUUGGGUGGAAAGUUGUUUUUUAGAUAGAUGGUGGACAAAUCAGACUUCUGAAACGAAAGAAAAGUUUAAGAAGUUAGUUCAGAGUGGUAGACUUGAGAUCACUUCCGGUAUGUGGGUGGCUCCUGACGAGGCAUCGCCGCACUACUUCGCUCUCCUAGAUCAGAUGAUUGAAGGCCACUACUGGAUCAAAAAGAAUCUUGGCACAGUACCGGAGUCUUCUCUAAACUUUGACCAGUUCGGUUACUCUGCAACUAUGCCAUAUUUGGCAAAAAAGGCUGGACUUAAAAAUGUCCUUAUAAAGAGGAUUCAUAGAGGUCUUAAAGAACGUUUUGGUAGACAGCAAAACCUUAAUUUUCACUGGCGACAGUUUUGGGACUCUGAAGGAAAAGAUGAUAUCUUCAGUCAUAUUGAUACCUAUGAAUGGAUGAGCAUUUCCGAUAGUUGCGGCCCGGAUAGAUCGGUGUGUCGCGGUUUAGACUUCUUAUACAUGCCUGAUCUUCCAGUGCCCGGCUCAUUGGCGGCAAAGAAGCCAUUUCGAUCUGAUCAUGCGUCAAAUAUGAUGGCACAGAAUUUCUAUGACUUCACCAAAAAAUUAGUUGAACAGUUCCGCCUCAAAGCAGCCAACUAUAAAUACAAUGUAAUGAUGCUGCCACAUGGCGGCGACUUCCGGUAUAAGACAACAUUAGAAUGGGAUAAACAGUACAAAAAUCUGAAAGUUUUCAUGCAAUACGUCAAUGAAAAUAAGAACCUCUUCAACGUUCAUAUGCGGUUUGGUACGCUCAAAGAUUUCUUUGAUGAGGUAGAUAAACAGAACCAGAAGUACGAUCUUUCAUUUCCGGUUGUAAGCGGUGAUUUCUACACGUACACUGAAAGCACCGAAUACUGGACUGGGUACUUUACAACACGCCAGUUUGAUAAAAGAUUAGGUAGGGAAGUGUUGGAGGGAUUACGUGCUGCGGAGCUGUUUACCACAAUCGCUGUGCGAGAUCCUAAUUUCAAAAACGUCGAAAUGGAGAAGAAAAUUCUGUCUAUGCUUGAAUCGGCGAGAAAAGAUUUAGGCGUCUUCCAGCAUCAUGAUGCUAUAACAGGAACAUCACAAGCUCACGUUGUCGUAGAUUAUGAACAAUUAUUAUCGUCUGCUUUUACUACGGUACAAAAAGUUCUUUCCCUAGUGACGGAGUAUCUUCUGGCGUCGGGGGAUAGAUCAGUGGAUGGUAAGCUGCUUCCAGCUUUGCAGAGGACUGAAUAUAAUACCCUUACGAAAAGGGUUCCCAUCCCCGUAAUUGCUGCUGGUACAAAAAUUGUUUUAGUGAAUUCUCUAACACAAAGCAGACGAGAAAUUGUAUCUCUGAAUGUUAAAGUAAGUAAUUUGAUUGUCUUAGACCCUAAAGGAAAUGAGGUCAAGUUCGAUUCAGUCCCAUUAUCGGAUGAAAUUACAGAAAUAACAUUUGAAGUAACUUUCCCGCCAAUUAGUGUUUUGGUGUAUACGCUGAAGCAAUUUGAAAACAAGAAUUCAAAGCUUCCGCCUGAGGACCUCAAACAAAGUAAAAAAGUUGGAAUAUCUGUUGAUGAUUAUUUUUGUGAAAACGAUAUUAUGAAUGUAACAUUUUACAAAGAAACUGGCUCACCAAAACUUAUUUGUUAUAAAUCUAAAAAUUUCUGUACUGAAAUGAAAUUGGAUUGGAGAUACUACCGCGGACAGGGCGGAGCUUACACAAUGAUGUCUUUAGGAAUGGAAGCGAAGGCUUUUACUGGGUCUCCGAGUGUAAAGUUUGUAAAGGGGGGAAACUUUUGCAGUGUUGAAUCACAGAUGCAGUAUUUUUCAUUUAAAGUUAGUCUUCCGUUAAUAAACAGCAUAACAGGAAAGGCAUUAAGGGUGGACAUUUUUAGCGAUCUGUCACGUGCAUCAGGCUUUGUUGGAGAUUUGGCAAUGAGAGUCGAGACAAAUAUUCGCUCCGGAGAUGUUUUCUACGUUGAUUCCAAUGGCUUUCAGCUUAUGGGAAGGAAAUUUAGAGAUACAUUACCUUUUGAUGGAAAUGUGUAUCCUAUGUCCGCUAUGUCAAUGCUAGAAGACGAUUCAAUGCGGCUUAUUGUUCAUUCUGCGCAGCCGCACGGAGUAGUUAGUCGCACUUCCGGUAAAAUUGAUUUCAUGCUUGAUAGAAUAGCCUUGAGACCGGAAAUGGAUCUCCCUGAAGGUGUUCGUGACAGCAAACCAACAAAAACUAUUUUCUAUGUUGAAUUUGAGUCUGCUAAAGAAUUUGAGAAGUCUGGAAGCACCGAAACAACACUACCGUCUAUAAAUAGUGUAUAUCUCAAUGACAUAAUUCAGCAUCCUGUUUAUAAAUUCUUUUCAUUAGAUAAACUAGACACUCCAAAUCUUAGCCAAAGUUUCCUUAAUCAAAAAGUACCUUGUGAUAUAGUAAUUGCAAACGUUAAAAAUCUAGUCGAUAACACUUCGAAACCUGACGGUAUGUCAUUAACACUUUUCCGGCGCGCUAUUAGUUGCAACGGAAACACUAAAAACAAUUUUUGUGAGUUAUAUGAUCCGGUGAAACUGGGUCCUGGCUCGCUGCUCAAAAACAAGUUCAGUAAAGUAACUGAAAUGUCACUGUCUCAUUUAAUGCCAAAACAUGAGCUCAGUGAAUCUGAUUUGAUAACGCUGGAACCAAUGGAUAUCAAGACAUUCCAUUUGCAGUAAUUUUUUGUGAGAUUAUUUAUUUUGUACGAAAAAGGUAUUUUCAUAAUGUUAUUUUAUUAAAGUUAUGAAUAAACUAA